AUGCCGGCAAUUACUCUCGCUUCGUUAAACCGCGUGGACGCGGCCGGCGUGUGGUUCGACUGCAACGACGGCUUCGCGCUCCGCGUGACCCCCGUCGCGCGCAACCUCUUCCGCGUGCUCUUCCUCCGCCCCGGCGGCCUCCGCGAGCCGCGCACCUGGUCCGUCUGCUGCGGCCGCGCGAACGCGGAACCCGCAUCUGUAGCGGCGCAAUCCGCAGCGAAAUCUCCUUCCGCAGCAGCAGCAUGCGCAGCAGGCACGGCAGGCGCGGCAGCAGCAGGCGCAGCAGCAGCAGGCGCAGCGGGGGAGUUUCAAGUGCCGUUCACGGGCGAUCUCCCGCAAAGCCCGCUGCUGCCGUCACCGUACGAUCCGCCAUGGGAGGGUUACGACCGCCUGAGCAUCCCCUUCGCGCCUGUAGAUUACUCCGUAGAGCAAACCACAGUGGCGCUGACAGAACAGAGCACUCUCCCGCAAUCGGGGAGCGCUAUAACGGAGAGUGCUGCCCCCCAAGCUCCUGCCGUGACCAUCCGCUCGUCGCAGCUGAUCCUGACCGUCCGUUUGGAGCCGUUUCAUCUCUCAUGGGCCGUUCCUAGCAGCACCGCACAUUCUUCCACAACUCAGCUUAUAACGGGGACGAAAUCGGACGAAAAUUGCCGCCCUGUCGUUUUCGCAGAGGACAGGGAGAGCUGCCCGUAUCGCUUUUCUGACCGUUCUUUCGCGUUUGAACACGCCAUGAAACGAUGCGCUCCCUCCCCUGCUGAUGCCGAUUCUCCUGCUGCUGCUGCUGCCGCUGCUGCUGAUGAUGCUGCUGCUGGUGCUGGCACGGCAGCAGCAGCAGCGGGAGGCGACUUUUAUUUUGGUCUGGGCGACAAGACAGGCCCUCUCAACCUCCACUCGCGCCGCCUCGCUAUAGGCAUGCGCGACGCGCUCGGCUUCGACCCGUUACAAGGCGAUCCCCUUUAUAAGCACUGGCCGCUGCUGCUGACGCGCGACGGCCACACGCGUGUGUGCUACGGCCAGCUGUAUGACAGCCUGGCAGAUGGUGCUGACGUGGACUUGGGGUCCGACGCUCCAGAUGCGCAGGCGCGCAUCUCCCGGUUCAUCUCGGCCGCCCGUUCCACCUGCAUGCCGGUCAGUGCGUUUCACUUCGGUUCAGGCUACACCACGAUCGGUAAGCGGAGGUACGUUUUCCACUGGAACUUAGCUAAGUUCCCGGAUCCGCAGGGGCUGGUGGGGGAUAUGAGGGCGGCUGGGAUGCGGGUGGUGGCGAAUGUGAAGCCUUGUAUGCUGAUGGAUCAUCCGAGGUAUGGUGAGGUGGGUGGAAAGAAUGGUUUUGUCUUCUUGAGUGGGGAUGCAGCAGCAGGAGAUGCAGAUGGGGUAAAAGGGACAGGAGCAGCAGGGACAGGAGUGAAUGUGGCAGGAGGGGGGGCUGGAGGAGGGGCAGGAGUAGGGGGAGGGGGAGGGGGAGCAGGAGCAGCAGGGUCAGAGGAGGAAGCGCAGUCUUUUUCAAAGCCAAGUGCAGCAGAGCCGCCAGCAAUAGCUGAAGCUUCACCGCCUGCUCCUGCUGCCUCAAUCCCCUCAGCCUCUGCUGCCGCUACACCGCCGGCUAUAAGCCAGUUCUGGGACGGGCUGGGAGCACACCUAGACUUCACCAACCCAGCCACCAUAGCCUGGUGGCAGGCCAACAUGCAGCGAGCGCUGCUAGAUGUGGGUAUAGAGACCGCGUGGAAUGACAAUAACGAGUAUGAGAUUUGGGAGGAGGAUGCGUGCAGUCACAUGUUCGGUCGCCCCGAGCCUCUUUUUCUGCAUCGGCCGAUCCAUGCGCUGAUGAUGACCCGCGCCUCGUUCGAGCAGCAGGUUCGGGCCGAGCCUGGCCGCCGACCCUACUCGGUUACCAGAGCUGGGGGAUUUGGCAUUCAGAGAUAUGCACAGACCUGGUCGGGGGAUAAUUCCACCAGCUGGAAAUCACUCAGGUGGAAUCUCCGUCUCGGUCUCUGCCUCUCCCUCUCCGGACUCUUCAACUGCGGUCACGACGUUGGUGGCUUUUCCGGACCUCCUCCCGAGCCUGAGCUCCUGGUUCGGUGGGUCCAAGCCGGCCUGCUGCACCCCCGAUUCCUCAUGAACAGCUGGAAACCCGAUGGGACCAUCACCUGCCCUUGGAUGUACCCCGAGUCGAUCCCAGCCGUCCGUUGGUCCGUGCGGCUGAGAUACCGCCUCAUCCCAUACCUCUACUCUCUCUCCUUCCGAGCCUCUUUUUUUCACGAGCCGGUUAUCCGCCCGACGUUUUACGAUUUUCCUGAGGAUGACCGAUGCUGGAGGGAUGGGGAUGAGCUUAUGGUGGGACCCAUGCUGCUUGCAGCUCCAGUGGUCGAACGCGGGGCACGCCAGAGAAAAGUUUACCUGCCCGGAGGGCAGCCCGGCAAGAAAAAUACAGCAUGUUUCUCUGAAGCCGAGGGGCUGAUGGCUGGUUCAACCCCGACCCCAUGUACGGGCUGGUUUGAUUUUUACUCGGAGGAGUUUUUCCUGCCCGGGCAGGUUGUGACGGUGGCGGCUCCGCUUGACCGAGUGCCGCUGUUUGUUCGGGCUGGCGGGAUAGUGGCGAUGACUGAAAGCACGGUGGAUUUCAGUGGGUUGCAUGAUGAGGGGUCUAGGGUUCUCAGAGUGUUCCCUCCCCCUGUGGGCUCUGCUGCUGGUAGUGCUGCUGCUGGUAGUGCUGCUGCUGGUAGUGCUGCUGUUGCUGCUGCUGCUGAAUCUGCUGCAGCUGCAUCUGCUGCUGUUGUUCACACUGCUAGCACUGCUGCUGCAGCAGGAGUGGCAGGGGAAUGCAGUGGGGAGAGCCGGUGUGUCUUGAACGAGGAUGAUGGGGAGACUCUUAAAGGGGACAGAGCCGAGGUGCAUGUGUGCAUGCAGUGGGAUGCACAGAAGGUGGUGGUGACUGUAACGAUCGUGCAUGUACAGGGGGGGAGUGGGGGAGAGAGUGGUGUGGGUAGCAGUGGGGAGAGCAGCAGUGUGGAGAGCACCAAAGGAGGCGGGUACCGAGUCCCCUGGGAGUCUCUCAAGGUGGCUUUACCAGCUGCAGAUCCACGUGAGCUGGUGAUUCAGUGGGGGGAUGGAGGGGGAGGAAGCGAGGUGGUGAAUGAUAAAGGGCAGGUGGUUGCAGUGGAGAAGGGAGAGUUUGUCUGGCACUCACUAUAA